AUGGAUCAAACACCAUCGGAAAAUCAAGGUGAAAAGAAAGUUAGCUCAUAUGAAUGCAUCUUCUGCAAGAAGAGUUUCUCAAGUGCGCAGGCACUUGGUGGCCACAUGAACAUCCACAGGAAAGACAAAGCCAAGCUGAAGCAAUCCUCAAAAGAUCAGACAACGAGAAAAUCCUUGAGCAUCAAUGCUGCCUGUCUAGACAGGGUCAAUGUCUCUGGAACGGCGACAUGGCCUUGUAUCGCUUCAUCAGUAGAUAUAAAAUCUCCUAGAGGUGAGGGAGAAACAGCAACUGGCCAAGAAUUCGAGAGUGCAGUAUUGGACCUCGAGUUGAGGUUAGGCAGCCAGCCUCCAAAAUCAGCAGCUACUAUGAACACGAGAAAAUUGUUCUAA